AUGGCUCCUUCCAAUCUUCCUCCGGUUUUCAAUGCCACAUCUCAGGAUAUGGAGAUGCUCUUGGCCGCUCAAUGCCAUCUCGGCUCGAAAAACUUGCAGGUUCACAUGGACCCGUAUCUCUGGAAAACCCGUCCAGAUGGUGUCAAUGUGAUUAACAUUGGCAAGACCUGGGAAAAAAUUGUCCUUGCCGCCCGUAUCAUCGCUGCUAUCGACAACCCAGCCGACAUUUGUGUGAUCUCCGCUCGUCCCUACGGUCAACGUGCCGUCCUCAAGUUCGCCGCCCAUACUGGCGCCGUUGCUAUUGCUGGUCGUUUCACUCCCGGAAGCUUUACCAACUACAUCACCCGCUCCUUCAAGGAACCCCGCUUGAUCAUCGUCACCGAUCCCCGCACCGAUGCUCAGGCUAUUAAGGAAGCCAGCUAUGUCAACAUUCCCGUCAUUGCUCUCUGCGACACCGACUCCCCCACUGAGUUCGUCGAUGUUGCUAUCCCCACCAACAACAAGGGUCGUCACGCCAUCGGUCUGAUUUGGUGGAUGCUUGCUCGUGAAGUCCUCCGCCUCCGUGGUACUCUUGCUACCCGUGAAACCGAAUGGGACGUCGUCGUUGAUCUCUACUUCUAUCGCGACCCUGAGGCAGAAGAAGCCAAGGAACUCGAGGAGUCCAAGGCUGCAGGUGCUGAUGAAGUCGGUGCCGAAACUGUCGAAGCUGGCGGCUGGGAAGCUGGUGCAGGUGCUUUUGCUGCCGCUACAUCUGCUACUGCUCCUGCUGCAGCAGCUGCUGCUACUGCAGCUCCUACUUCCUGGGAGCCAAGCAGUGGUGACUGGGCUGCUAGCAGUGGCGCCGGCGCCGAGGGUUGGGCUGGCGAGACUCCUGCUGCUGAAGCCAAGUGGUAA